GCUCGAGGAAUUGAAUUGUGGGAUUGAAUUCCGUACACAUGAAAACAUAGCGUUGAAGACUAAAUUUAAAAAAAGUGAAAUUGUAUAAUUAUUUUGAUAACAAAAUGCUAUUUUAAACAAUUGUUUUUAGAAAGUAAAUUGAAACAAACGGUAGAAACAGACAUGGACCCGAAAAUUGCAAAGAAAACUCAGGAUACCCUGGGAAAAUACAUAAAGAAACCACCGUUGACAGAAAAACUUCUGGCAAAACCACCGUUUCGGUUUCUGCAUGAUGUUAUGACUUCUGUGAUUAAAACAACUGGAGUCAUGAAGGGUCUUUAUACAGAUUCUGAACUGAACUCAGAAAAUGUCAAGGACAGAGAUAGCAAAAUAGCAUUUCUACAGAAGUCAGUAGACUAUGUCUGUGCAGCAACUUCAAAACAGCUUACUGUGAAACCUGCAAAGGUUGUGGCUGGCCAUGAACCAGAAAAAACAAAUGAAUUUCUCCAAGCAUUAGCUCAGGCGAUUAGCUCUAAAGUUGAUAAUGAUGAAGUAUUGGACAGAAUGAAUAACAAAGGUGGUUCUAGUAAGAAAGAAGAAAAGGAGGAGAAAUCAAGAGAUAGAGAAAAGAGUAGUGACAGAAGAAAAAGAGAUGAGGAUAAAAAAAGUCGUGACCGUGGGGAGGACAAAGAGCGAAGCAGAGAUCGUGAUGACAGACAUAAAGAAAAAAGUAAAGACAGAGAAGACAGACAUAAAGAAAAAGAGGAUAGACAUAAAGAUGAUAGACAUAAAGACAGAGAGGAUAGACACAGAGAUAAAGAUAGGGAUAGAGAGAGGGAACGAGAGGGCCGGCACAAAUCUGGCAGAUCUCGGCGUAAAAAUGUGGUUCAUGCCAAUAAAGAUGUGGCAAGUCAUCACACACCAGAUGAUAUUGACACCGAUGUUCUGUUUUCUGAUGAUGAACUUGACCCUUUGUUUGAACCUGGAAACGCCACAUACCUCCUAGACAAGGUUCCUGUGUACAGUGGAGAUAGCGAAGAUGAAAGUCCACCAUGUUAUAAACCAAUCCCUAGACAAGUGUCUACAUACCAAGAGAUUAGAAAAAGGAAAGGAAAAGAUUCAGAUGAAUUGGAUGAUGCAAACAGAAAGGUAGAUAGGAAUGAUAGUAGACACAGAAUCAAAAGACCAAAUGCAGCUCGACUGAGAAGAGGGAGAGCUGAUACUCCACUUAAUAUUGCGAUUCCAGCUGAAGAGCCAUGUACUCCUUAUGGAUCAGUGGAAAACUCUCAUAGGGGAGAUAUUGAUAAAGAUUACCACUUAAAUGAUGAUAUGGAUGCAGUAGUUGAAGCUCUUUUAUCUAAGAAGAAAAAAACAAAGUCAGGGAAUAAUUUAAAUGAUGAUGAUGAUGAUGAUCUUCAUAAUUCUGGUAAAAUUAAUGCAUAUCCUACAACUAGCACCCCUAAAAGUUCACCAGAUAAGUCACCAAAGAAAGAUAGUAAGCAUGUACCUUAUGUAAAUAAAAAUACUGAAACUGUGAAACCAUUGUAUAGAAAUAAAGAUGCAGCUUUGGAGACAGUAAAUCAAAGUCCAAAAACUGUUUAUAUGCCAGAGAAAAGAUCUUCAAAGAAAGGGAUGCAGGUCAAUAGGAAAAGCAGUAUUACAGAACAGGAUAUGAAAAGGACAGUUGAUGUGAAGAAACAAACAUCAAAAGAAAGAAAUGAAAGGAGAUUGGAAAAGAAUGAUUCAAAAACCGGUAGACAAGACAUAGGUGCUGAAAAUACUUGGACUAGUAAAAAAGAGCAGAAACAUAAUGAUGUUUAUAGAGUGAACAGACGUAGAUCAAGAGACCUUGGUAGCGAUGACAGUCCAAGUGACCAAUAUGCUAGUCCAAAGAAACAUAGGGACAAGGUUAAAUAUAGGAAUGAUGAUUAUGCCCAUGAGAAAAUGAAGUCUAAGCAUCAUGAAGAAUACCUUUCUGAUAAAACUGACUCUGAUCAAAAACUUGAUAGAUCUGACACUAAAGAAGUAUACUAUAAGAAAAAGCGGUCUCAUGGAAUUGGUGACAGGAGGAAAAGAAGUAGUUUUACUUCGAUUUCCGAUAAUAGACAGCAGAGAAGAGAAGAAGAAGGUAAAGAGAAUGAUGCUCCGAAAGAAAACAUGGUGAACGGAGACCAUAAACCUAGUGAUGCACCUGCAAAGAUGCAGAGACCUUCGUCAGCGAAAGGAUCGCGAAGGCGAAUGGAAGCUCCAGUGACUUUUACAGAAGGAGGCAAUUUAAGCAGUGACGAAGAUGUACCAGCACAAAGACAAGAACCAACCCUAGGGGAGGAUGACCUUCCCCCACAAGUUACUGGGAGGUUGGCACGUCCAAGCAGUGCGAGACCUGCUCCCCCAAAGAGAAAGGAAGACACGGUGCAGAGUGAACCAGCAAUGAGGUUAGGGAGUGGUAAACCACAGAAUCUGAUUCUAGAUGAUGGUAAAGAUUCAGACGAGGAUGAGACAUUUGUUGUAGAAGAUGCUCAACCUCAGCUUGAAGAACCUAUUGAACAGCAAUCUGCACCCCUGGCAGAUGAGGAUGAUGAAGAUCAUGGGGGCCUGGUGAAGAAAAUUAUGGAGUCAAAGAAAGAAUAUGAACAACCAAGGGAAACAAAAAUCGAUCGACCAACCAUAUCUGAUGCUCAACGUCGUAAACAACGUGAGGCAGUACAACGUGAAAUUGAUAAACUCAGGGGAAGUAUUCAAACACUUACACGUAGUGCUAAUCCACUUGGUAAAAUAAUGGACUAUGUUCAAGAAGAUUUAGAUUCCAUGCAGAAAGAAUUAGAAAAAUGGAAAGAGGAAAAUAAGGAACAUGGUUUAGCUUUGAAGAGAGAAAAGGCGAUAACGGAGCGAGCUGUAGAACCAUUGAGAGUACAGUUAUCUGAGGUAGAUCAGGCCAUAAAGGAUCAGUUAGACCUCAUUGGUGCUGUCAAGUCAAAUAUCAUCCGAAAUGACCAGAAAAUUGAGAAAAUGUUACGGACAAUAGCAAAGUCAUGAAAUCCUUGAAACUUUUUUUUUUAUAGUAUUUGAUCUGUUAUGCUUUUGCAUUUUUAUUCUAGCUCUUUUCAGAAAGUUUGAGGAUACAAAAAAAAAAACACUAUAGCUCUUUUCAGAAAGUUUGAGGAUACAAAAAAAAUCACUAUAUUCCUUGUUAUUCCAUAAUCCAGGGGAGGUAAUUCAUAUGGGUAUAUGUAAUUUUGAUUAUUUUUAGAGCUUAUUUCAAAUCAGUUAAGACAUUCUCCAAUACAAAGGAGUUAGACAUUCUCCAAUACAAGGGAGUUUAUAUUAUAAGUUGGAAUGCCCUUAUUUUUACAAUUGGUUAGUCGUUAAAAUUUAGGUGGUAUAAUUAUAAACAAUGGAGUGAUAGUUUUAAUGUUGUAUAAUAUAGAAGUAAAAAAUUUUUGUUUGGUAGAAUAUACUUUACUGAAUGAGCAGAAGUGUAUACAAAUGCGGUGAUUACAUAAAAUGGCAAAUGUAUGCAAAGCUUAUUCUCCCAGAUUAUUUUUUUAAGCUAAAAAUUUGAAAUCCAUGAUAUAGGAAUUGGUAAAUUACUCGUCUUGUACAAGUUUUUUAUUUAUAUAUAUAUGGCAUGUUUUAAGGCAGAAUUUCUAAUAAGAUGCAUUUGCUAUCUUUUCAUUUAUUUCUAUAAAAGGUAUUGUAAUUCUUUUUCGCAGUAGAAUAAAACAAUAGUCUUUAGAUCUUACAUAUAGAAUCUCACAUUCUGUGGUGAAUGAAAACACUUUAUUUCUCAACAAAAGUUCAGUAAAGAGAUAGUCUUUAAAUUGAAUCAUUGGAUUGUUGUUUUUUUUCAAACAAGUUUUGUGUAAAAUAAAGAGUAACAGAUAUAAUGGUCAGAUAUAUAAAGAAUAAAGGAGUCUGGUCAAACUGCAGGCCGGGCUCAAUACCGGUCAUUUAUAUUGUUAUAAACAUAAACAGCAUGUACAGUUAAUAAAGAUAUUCAUUCUUUUAAGAGUGAUUCAAGUGACUUGUAAACAGUGUAUAAAUAUCUGUAGUUACAAGAUUAUUAGUAAAAUGAUAAUAGAAAUAUUAACAAGGUUAACUUGCCUGCCAGAAAAUAUAGAAAUAGGUGCAUAAUUUGUACAAGCAAAAUUAACAAUAAAUUUUGUACAGUGUAUUUUAACCUUCAAGCAUUCAACAGCCUUUUAUAACAUUUGAAAUAUUAAGAAAAAAGUUUGUUAUAUUAAAUAAAGUUAUACCAUACACAGUUUGAAUUUGUAUAAUUGACUGUAUCAGUUUUGAUAUAAGAAGUUAUUAUUGAUAUAUCAACAUCUGACAGGUAGAUCAGUUAACAGUUUAAGGCCUUAAUUGAUUUAUAGUGACAGUAUCGGUCACUCAUUAUUGCCUCUGCCAUUCUAAAUGCUUGCUGAUUUGAUUGUUAUAUUUUGAAGGUAAUUCUGUUACAAUGUUCAUGUACGAAAAAUUGUUUCUGCUAGUAUACAUUGUAUAUACAUGUAUGAUUAUAUCUUAUUUUUGUAUGAUUCACUCAUUUACACACACACACAUAUACAAGGCGUUGUUGUGUUCAGAUCAUGCCUGUGUUUAUAUACUGACAAAUUUUUGUGUAAUCAUCAAGUCUGUGUUUUAUAUUAAGAAAAAAACAUAUUCAAAAAUAUUAGAAAAAAUCUACAACUUUUUUUAUUUACAUAGUGUAUGAAUUAUUUUGAUUCUUAAACUUUUUAUCUGAAAUUAAUUAGAUUUUUGUACAGUGAAUGAGAUAAGGGGGACUACUCUAUGUUGACUGUCAAAUUGCAUUAAAGUUUUAGCCAGAGUUGUCACUCAUGGACCAUUAGUGUCAGUUAUUUUAAGAAACUGAAACUAACUUUUUACUGAAUCUACAUUUUUGUGCCUUGUGAUUAUUCAAAAUUAAUAUAAAAUCUUUCUACAAAAGAAAAUACUUAAUUCUCGGGAUUUU